AAAGCAAGUCGACCUGUGUUACUUUUGAAUCGCGGGGUAUCUCCGGGUAUUCAACUACUUCGCAGAGCGAAACAAUCAAGAACAGUAUAAAAACUAGUAUGCAAACGUCCCUUCCCUCUGGAUUCCCCUUUCAGCGUGAAAGAGACUAUAGACGGCCUAGACAGCGCGAAUGCGAAAAAGAUCCAUCUCUCCGGCACUCGCAGACCGGAGUGCCCGACAGUCGCUUGCCCGACCGGCGUUACAUCUAGACGAGUGCCCACGCGAUCGAUGGGACGUAUGUACAAGCGGAGCAAGGUGAAUGUACAAACGGAGCAAGAUAGCUCGCCGCGCAUGGUCCGUAGGUAGGCAGGCAGGUAGAAUUCGUGUCAUCUCGGCCGUGAGGAUCAGAGCUCAGUUCGAAUGGCAAACCAUGGAGCUGAAACCGUGAAAAUGGCCGUCUGACGACGAUGUCAAGGACCAAGGAUCCUCGCGUGCGAUCGACAUCGCGUUCUUGGAAGAAGUACUCGCCGCGAGUGGACAUUGACACACGCGAGCUUUCAGACUGAUAUGACUGUCAAAGUGGUUUAGAAGCAAUCAUUCAGGAUCGUCCUGCGAAUAUAUAUACACGACGACUCUCCAAGUGUUACUCCCGAGGGAAAUAAAAAAAUAUACGUUUGUUGUUUACAAUAUUCGUUAGAUAAUGACAAAGUUUACGUACCGUGUGUGUUUAUAAAAUUAUACUAAAUUUUAAUAAGAGAAUUUCUCAAUUAAUAUCGAAGUAAUAAGGAUAUGUGCGUAUUAUCCUUCUUUACAUAUUAUUUCAAGAAAAGAUUGCUUUGUGUGAAACCUGUAUUAUUUGACGUCAUCAAUAAUCCCCUAUCGCUCUUGCUUAACGUAAACAAAAUACCGGAUGGCAGCGAGCUAUUUAAAAGGGAUUACGCAGGGAUUUGAAAGCUGUAUGAAAACUUUAAUUCAUCGAAAAUAUUUAUUGCCUCAAAUAUCGAGUAAAAUCAACAUUCUUAUGUUUGUCAGAGUGUAUUAAAGUCCAUUCGCUUUGGGAAGUGGAAGGCGCUUUAACGCGCCGACGAACGUAACGGAGAAUCCUGGCGCGGCGGAGAGGUCCGUUACUUCCGAGGAGGAGGUUUUCCGGAGUGAGCAUAGUGGAAGUUAAUUUAGUGUAAACUGAACAAGUAUAUCUGUCGGGGAAACUCGCCAUAUAUGGAAAAGAGACGACAGAAAAGUAGAAUAUCGAUAUCGAUGUAAGAAAGUGAAGAGAAAUUUCGAUGGUGCGCGAGAGAUCCACGCAAGAAUAUCAUCGAUUUCUUUGCUGCAAUAAAUUUUGUCAAGGAGAAAUUACGAAGUUUGGCUUCGUAGACAUAUCUGUCAAGGAAUUGACAUGGAAUGGCUGUAAUUAUAAAAUUACGAGAAUGUUAAAAAAGAAACACCAAGAAUUUUCUAAAACAAAUCAAUCUAAUAUUAAAGUGCACAAUUUAACGGAUUAAAACGCUGCAAAAAUCUUGACGACAUUAUAUCGCACAAAGAAGAACCAGCUGAAACGGGAAACCGGAAACCAAAACCAAUUGAUCAAUCGGUGGGAAUGUCCGGAUGGGAGUACCCGAGUCGCCGAGUAUAGCGAUAAUUUCUUUAGGGCCACACCUUCUGACAGAAAAAAAACGUAUGAUGGACCAUCGCAGGAUUGACAGAUAUGGCACCAGGGAGAUGCGCCAUUCGAGAAGCGAGGAUCUUUUGGGCGCGAUCUCCAGGUCUCCAAGUCCGAACAUCGAUUUACCCACCGCCACAUCCGAGGAUGACCUGAUCGCGGCUAGCGGUCUCCGGGACUCGAAUAUCUACGAUGAGGCUGGCGUUAGCGUCGGCGUCGCGGGACCCUCGCGACGUAUCCUCCCUUCGCCGUCCAGAGUAGUGGGGUUGCCCGUCGACCCGGAGGACUCCAUUCGCGACAUUGUUACCGAGAAUGAUCUAUAUAGAUACGUCCUGUUUAAACGGCAUUAUGACAAGUACGUGGAUCUCGCCGAAAAGUAUAAGGAGGCAAAGAAUAUUACUUAUUACCUGGAGGAACGCUAUCAUGAGAUCAAGGCUGAGCGAGAUAGGCUGGAGGAGACUCGUAGGAACCUGGAAAGACGACUGGAAGGUUGCGAGACGGAACUUCGUGGCAAGGAAGACGAGCUUUUUCUACAAUUGGAGAGAAGUCUCCGAUUGGAAGAGGAGAUCGAACGCGCGAAAGCCGAGAAGGAUAGCUAUGUGGCGGCGCAAAAUCGACUGGAGCAACAACGAGAGUCAGCCUUUCGUCGUUUGCAGAUGCAGCUCGAGGAAAACGAGAUCACAAGGCGGGAUCUCGACAAAGCGCGCCAAGACGUCAUCCGACAGGCCACUAUCAUUCGCGCCGAAAGAGAUACUUUGGAGAGAGAGAAUGAAAUGUUGCGACAGAGACUCAGGGUGGAACAGCACGAAUUAGGAGCCGAACGACGCCGUCGAGAAGAAGGCGUUGCAGCACUAACAAGGGAGACUAUCGCACUGAAGCACGCUACGCGCCACUUGAGCGCGGCGACGUUUCACGCAACAUCCUGCCGGAAUCGUCGCCGAUGCUCCAUUUGCAUAUAUGCCAGACGCACCUUCGCCAACGUCAAUAAUUAUCGCGACAAUGGAAAUCUCUUGCAGUGCCUUCAAGCGCCCUUACAAGAUCUUCGUAGUUGGUUACGACCCAACGCGAUCCAGUCAUCGUCCCGAGUUCCACGAAUCGAGUCGUCCAUGGCCGAUCGCGAAAUCUGUUACAUCGACGACUCCAGCGUCGACAGCAGUAGUAACGGUAGCACCAACAGCCGCAGUUGCAGUAGUAGCACCAGCAGCAGCAAUAGUGCUUACGAUGACGAAGCUUAUCCGAAUACUCCGAUAGCCGAACCCUCUCUCUCUUCGGCCACUUCCAGUGUCCCGCACACAGUCAGAGCCUUCUCCUCGGAUUCAGGGUUCUCUUCGGAGAUGGGGGAUCGCAGAUCGCGAUGCUUUGACAAUGCUGGCAAUAACAUUAGCAGCGGCAAGAGCAGAAACAUGAGCGAGUCGCUAGACAGCAACGAAGUCGAUGAUCAGGGCGCGGCUGGAAGAGACGGAUUCACUCGUUCAAGAUGGACUUCCUCUUUCCGCAGAUUGCUCGGACGAAAGUCGAAAAAUAAGCUCGAUCGUUCCUUGGAUAUAAGUAAGACUGAUGAAUCACGAUGAAUUUGUAUUUAUAUUAUAUCGAGACAAGAACUCAUUGCAAAUACAUCCUCCCGACCAUCCUCUUUCAUAUGGCGAGAUCUGCAAAAAAUGAGAUUUAUUCGAAAUGAAAUAAAUCUUUCACGGACAAAUUUUAUCAAAUUUUAUCGGAGGAUGUCAAGACUAUCGAGAUUUGCAUAUUUAUUAUUUUGAAAGAAUUGAAAAUAUGAAAAUUUAGAGAUUUGUAGAAGUUCUUGUAGUUUUUGAGAAAGUAAUCAUAAUUGACCCACAUUUCGAGAAAACCUGCCACUUUCGAAAAUGUAAUCACAAUCUUAUCUCUUCCAAAAUUUAAUUAUUAAUUGAAUUGUGUGUGUGAUACUAACUCGAAAAAUAAUGCACAGAUAUCUUGUAAAAUAUUAGAAAAGACGCUGUGAUUUUUUUCAAAGCUUAUUAACUUCUUUUUCUCUCUCCAUAAUAAUGCUUAUAUUGUAACUGAAUUUUUUGAAGAAAAAAUAUCACAUAUCCUACCUCCCAGAAUAUAAAAAUCCUAAAUGCAGAUUCCGAGAUUCUUUUUCCUUCAUUGUAGGAAUUGAAUUUCGAAUAAGUUAGAUAAUUACAAUUACGGAUAUAUAAGAAAAAGGAGUUGAAUUAUUAGAAAUAAUCGCGAUCGCGAUCAAACUUUAUAUAUACUUAUUCGCAAAUUGUAUACAUGGGUUUUAAAGGUUUCGAAUAGUAAAAGUGAUAUCUAUAUAUAAUAUUGGAAUAUUCGAUAUUCUCGCGCGCGAAUUGGAUUUUCUAAUAAUAGGAAAGUGUUAUUGUUUGCAUUCUGAAAAAAAAUCUUGUUUGUAUUGUUACGUUUUACUGUUGUUGUGCGAUGUAUUUACUGUGUUGUUGGCGAUUGUUGUCGCAUUCACCAAAGAGUACAGUGGUUUAUGAGCACAAAGAUUAAUCGCCAUUGUAUCAGAAGCUUCAAAUUUGCGACAAUUUCUUAUAAUUUGUCAAUAUUUUUAUCGUUUUUUGACAAGAAAGCUAGUUUCUCGUGCAAUUUUAAGUACGUGCGUGAUGAAAGCGGCUGGACCAAAUUGCUGACACGUCACAAUCUUGUUACGAUAAUGUUAUUUAAAAAACGAAUAUUAUGAAUGCAAAUAAAAAUAUGUAUACGAUGAAAAACAGAUUCUUUGAUAUUUCUUAAAUAUAUCCUUCCUAUUAAAAAGUCUUAAGUAUUAGCAUUAAAUGUUUAUAGUUUAUAGUCUUAAGUAUUAGCAUUAAAUGUUUAUAGGAUGUUUAAAUGUUAAUAAAUACUAAAAAUUAACAAAAGCGAUGGAAUUGAUUGUAAUCUAUCCGAGGAAAUGUAAUCAGAAUUAUAUUAAAUGAAAUAAAUAAAAACAA